AUGUUUCUUGCCAUUAUCUUGUUCUCCCAAGUCGCACUUAUGCUAGGUGAUCUCGCAAAUGGGAAUAUUGUAGAAGGAAUCGGCAAUGACGCACUCGCCUUAUUCACCUUACUAAUAGUCAGCUCCAUAGCAUGUGUCAUUAGUUAUUUUAUGAGAGGUGCGAGGGUUGCGCAGAUUCAUCCCGAUUUGGCUGGUGAUAUCCAAGGAUUCCGAGAUUCGUUCGCGCGAGGUCAUAGCGGCCGUGUAAAUGAUACUAGGAGGGUAGAAGUGGAACGUCCUGAUGCAGUUCAUACAUGUCCGAUCUGCUACGACAACGCUCUCUUCCCUGCACUUACUAACUGUGGUCACGUUUUUUGCUGUGAAUGUAUAAUGGGAUACUGGAGGCAUUCUUCGUCGUUAGUAUCUCCUGUAAAAUGCGCCAUCUGUCGAACGGAGGUCACGGUACUUCUUCCUGUUAACUGGCCUGUGGAUGAGGAGAACACACGUCUUCGAGAAAACAAUAUUGGCCUGAACGACUACAAUAGAAGAUUUUCAGGAGAUCGUCCUUGGCUGGAGUAUUUAUAUGAUGUGCCGGUUUUGAUUCCUUAUAUAGUGCGAAGUUUAUUACGAGUGCUCUUCAUUGCGAUUGGUAUAUUCGCCUAUGUUCUGUCACCAUUCGAUAUAAUCCCAGAAUCGGCUUAUGGACUAAUUGGCCUGGUGGACGAUGUGUUCGUAGCCGUCCUCUUGCUAGUUUAUAUAGCCAUCGCUAUCCGCCACGUCAUGGCUCGCAGAGGAGAAGCUCCACCGGAGUAA